UUGCACACAGUUGUGUCUGGUCGUGUCACUCGUGUCGUGUCGACGGUUCCAAAAUGGCAAGUGAAGUAAACGAUAUCGUUGCACAGAUCAGUGAAAAUGUGACGAAAAAUGACGAUCCAACGACGAAAAGAUUGCCCUCGUCACCCGAGGGAAUGGCUAUUGCUUAUGGCAGCCUAAUAAUUAUGGCCAUUUUGCCGAUUUUCUUCGGUAGUUACCGAGCUGUUAAACACCAUAAGGAAACUCAGCUACAAUAUGAACAAAGUGGACAACAGCCAGAAAAAAUGUCACGCAAAGAAGCAAUGAUAUUUCCCUUUAUUUCCAGUUUUACAUUAGCCAGUCUUUAUUUAUUGUAUAAGAUAUUUCCGAAGGAGUAUGUCAAUCUACUUUUAGUUGGUUAUUUUUUCUUCUUAGGUAUCCUAGCUUUAUGUCAUCUUACCAGUCCAUUGAUUUCAUCACUGGUACCUGCAGCUAUUCCAAAAACUCAGUAUCAUAUACUUUUUACCAAGGGUGAGGGUGACAAAGCAGAUCAUAUUAUCGAUUAUAAGUUUAAUCUUCAUGAUAUCGUUUGUUUGAUAUGUUGCUCCCUUGUCGGUGCUUGGUAUCUAUUGAAAAAACAUUGGAUCGCCAAUAAUUUAUUUGGCAUAGCUUUUGCGAUCAAUGGUGUUGAAUUAUUACAUUUGACCAAUGUUGCGACGGGAUGCAUCUUGCUCUGUGGACUUCUUUUUUAUGAUGCAUUCUGGGUAUUUGGUACGGACGUGAUGGUAACAGUUGCAAGAUCAUUUGAAGUGCCAAUUAAGCUAGUAUUUCCCCAAGAUUUGUUGGAGAAAGGUCUCACUGCCAGCAACUUUGCCAUGUUGGGCCUGGGAGACAUUGUUUUGCCAGGAAUUUUCAUUGCACUUUUGCUGCGAUUUGAUAACAGUUUAAACAGGAAAACAAACGUAUAUUUCUAUGCAACAUUUUUUGCAUACUUCAUGGGACUGUUGACAACAAUGCUCAUUAUGCAUCUGUUUAAUCACGCGCAACCAGCUCUGGUGUACUUGGUGCCUGCAUGUUUGGGCACUCCUCUACUGUUGGCUGUGGUCAAAGGAGAUUUGAAAGCAUUGUUCCUUUAUGAGGAUCAUCCGGCUACUCUAAAAGAGACAGGAAAACCUGCACAAACGCAAACAGAAACAAAAAAAGAAUUAUAAUAUUCGUAUGUAAGACGAUCAGUGUAACAGAAUCCUCAGUAUUGGUAUAAUGCUGUUAUCGUUUGAAAUUCAUCGUGCAUAGAGAAAAGGAACAAUAAUUUAUGUCUUACGCUCAAACUAUACAAUCAUGAACUGUGAAGUCUUAAAAGGUACAUAUUCGUAUGUUUUAUAUGCACGUUCAAAGAUAUAAUUUCAUAUUUGAAUCACCUUAAAGAACAUAAUUCGCUACAAUCGAAUUCGAUUCAAUUUACGAUUAGUAUUUUUGAAAACAUUGAUAGACCUAGGAAUAUGCGUUAUAUGCAUAACUAAAUCGAUAUAGGAAAUAUAAAAUAUUGCUUAUCGAAGGAAUUUCUAAAUAAAACGCGUUUUCUUGUAAGUAAACUUUGAAUAUAGAAUUGCCCAUGACUACUACACGUGCAAAAUAAUUUUGAUUUUAACGUGAAUAAUACGAGAAUUACAUUUUUCAUAUAGUCGUUAUAAACCUUUGGAAUGUUUUCCUUCGGAAUACUGUAAUAUAUGUUUAACUACAUUGAAUGAAUCCAAUUGCAAUUUGAUGAUAUCCAUUAAAAUUUAAUUGUCCAAUGUAAUAAAAUACUAUUAGUCUAAAUGUAUUUGAAUAGUACUAAUGUAUCUCUAGUGCAGAUAUCUUUAAGUUAAAAUUCUACAUGUCUCUGCGAAAUGGAAUGUAUAUUAUUAAGAUUGAUUCGCGGCACUCUGUGUGCGUUAAAUUCAACAAACAAAUACAACAAAACAUUACCUAAAUAUUUACUCCAAUUGAUACAGAAUAAUGUAUAAUGCUACUUAUGUUUUUCAAAGUAUACAUAAUUUUCAUAGACUGUUAAUUUAAAAUCAAGUAUGAUUCCACAAAUGCACACCGUAAGAAAUAGUAGCGAUAAGCCUGACACUUUAUAAUCGGGUAUCGUUUAAUUAUGAAGAUAGUGAAUAUCCUCCAAUUUGUUAAUGAUAAUUUAUUCAAGAAAUUUGUAUUUGAAUUAAAUACGUACUAUAUUUCUAUAUUAUAAUCAUGUUUUUUAGUGACCAAAUUGUACAAAACAUUCAUUUUGUAAAAUAUGUAUAGUUCGAACAAUUUGUAAAAAAAGACUUCGAAAGUAUAAUAAAACUACAACUUUUUUUUAAUCCAAA